GUAGAGAAGGACGAAAACAAUGUCACGUGAUGUGUACAGCGUGGGUAGGUACGAACAUAGAAAUAAAAAAUAAACUUUAGGAAUACCAGGAGGCGACAAGUGAAAACUCACGAGUUAGAUCUGUUUCAAUACAGCUUCAGUGUGAAGAAUGGCCGAGCAGCACAUUCAGGCGAAGCUCAUUGCUUUGCUCAAACAGGACAAAAUUCAGCUCUGGACUCCCCCUUUCACUACAGAAGCUAAUGAAGCUGGUCCUGAACACAUACAGGAGCUUGCUGUUAGAUAUUCCCAAGUGGUGGGAUUCUCCCAGCCUGAAGUGGAGAUUGCUCUGGAAGACAUAAGAUCACAGGCUGUCAAAAGAGGGAAAGGAAACAGAACCUACAGGGAGACAAAUGUUGCAACUCUGGAGCUCAUGCUACCAAUGGAAAUUAGAAAGGGUAAUAAAAAGAAACACUACUUGGAAACAAGACUGGAUAUUACAACUCAGGAUCUGAUGAAUAAGAUCAAAGAGGAAUUUGAGCUCAAAUAUAUAAAGCUGAUUUUAAAUGGAAAAACUCUGUCUCCAGAUAAGCGACUCGAUGAACAGAACGUAAAGAACAACAGUAAAGUCAUGGUGCUGAAGGUGACUGAACCAGAAGGGAAGAAAGCGAUGGUGGAUGAAGAGGAGAAGAAGCGGUCUAAUGAAGAAAGUGUGCAAAGAACUCGAAAAGGUUUCCAGAUCCUCUCAGAAAGAGAUGGUAGUGAGGAUCCAGAGACCACCCCAUUUCUGGAGAUUGCAGAUCAGAAAGGCAACCCCAUCCAGAUCCCAGCCCGUGAGAAAAAGGCACUCAUCCUAGCCAUGGGCUUCCAUGAGAAAGGCAGAGCCUUAAUGAAGAAGAAGGAAUACGAUGAAGCUCUCUGUCACCUGCUUCUAGCGGAUGAGCAGUUCAGUAAAUGCGGUUCUGUGCUGUUGAACACGGUGGAUAACUAUGCAGUGCUGCAGCUGGACAUCGUGUGGUGUUACCGUGCUCUGGAGGCUCUGUCCUGUCUGAAAGAUGGCAAAGAGAGACUGCAGCAAGCUGAGAAUUGCUUCCUCAAAUGCUAUGGAGAAGAUCAGCAGAGACUGCAGAACAUUAAGGGGAAUACAGGUGGAGAGGAGGUUCUGUUUCUCAGGUUGUAUCUGCUUCAGAGUCUGCUGGCGUACCUGGAAGGCAACGAGAAUCAAGCUGCUAAGAAACUCAAGCAGGUUGAGGAGCUCUACAGUCAACUGUGUCUGGACCCAGAGAAGAUGACCCAGCUGCUGAGUAUAGGCUUCACAGAACAAGACGCUCGCCUGGGCCUGAGAGCCUGCAGAGGCAAUGUGGAGGCGGCUGUGAUGCACAUCACUCGCAGGAUAGAGGAGAGGAAUAAGAUAACGCGGAGGGAGAGAAAUAACAGAAGGCAGCGUCUGGAAGCCAUCAACACCCUUGUCGAGCUUGGUUACAACAAGAAAGCAGCAGCCCAGGCCCUCCAUGCGACCAAAGGAGAUGUGAAUAAAGCCUAUGGGAUUCUGCAGAAUUCGUCUGAAGCCAGCAGCUCUGGGACGCCUCAGCCAGACACAGACAGACAGACCAAAGUGGAUCAGCUUGCUUACAUGGGCUUCCAGCGGGAGGAAGUGGAGGUGGCUCUGAGGUUGGUGGGAGAUGAUGUAGCUCAGGCCGCUCAGCUACUCCUGGAUAAUCAGGGUGUUAUUCCUUCAGAGCUACACUCCCCCUCAGCUCCAUCUUCCUCGUCAGAAGAGCCCAGCACCUCAUCAGAGGACUCCACAGCAUCUGGGUCGAACCUCCCUGAUACUGAGCUAGUCAACGAGGUUUUGGAGUACAUCCCCACACAUGAAGAGGAUUACCUGGAUGUGAAUCUGGAGGAGGAGAGUGAGCUCAUUGCUCUAAUGAAGUCUCAUCUGGAGCGGCACUCUGCAACCUCCCGUUGAAGAGCUGCUCGUACUGUAUGUGCUUUCUGCAGUUGUGUGAGGUCAGUUUAGUGUGGAAGGUUAUCACUAACAUUAGCACCAGAUCUCUAAGCCUGGAUCAACACUUGGUUACAAGCCAGUAAUUGAAGCCAUUUUGAAAGUACUUUACAAACUCGAGUGUUUAUUUGAUCACUCCAUGUUUCUUUUACUUUACAGUAGAGCGUAUUUCUGAUAUGAAUGCUGAAAGAAAAAAGUGCAAAAAUAAUGUUUGUUUAUACAGAUUAAAACCGAUAUCCUUACUUUUGAAUGAAGCAUUGCUCUUUAAAAUAUUAUCUCUAGAAGUUAUUGUUAGUUUUAUCACUGAUCAAUUGCAGGUUAUUUGAGUUUUGUCUUGAAAAAUGCAUGCUUCCAACUAUAUUUUCAGUAGUCUUUAAUAUUACAAUGGACCAUAAAGCUGGAACUUUGUUGAAUUUUUUGUUGAACACGCAAUAAACCGACAAGCUUUGAGUUUCUACACAUGGUGUUAAUUUCAAACGUACACUACUCCUUUUAAAUUAAUUAAAUAAGGUUUUUAUUCAGUUCUUCGGAACUGAAAUUAAUUUACAAUUCUUCUGAAAUUCAGUCAAUUCCAUUAAACUAAUUAGCAAUCUGUAAUUUGUGUAUUUUGUGUCAUUUGUGUAAUUUGAGUCACCAUUUAUAUUGUAUUUAAAAUAAUUUAAGCAACACAUUUCUGAUUCAGUGAUAUAUUAUUGAUUUCAUUGCAAAUACCAAAUCAGUUUGUCGUUUAAGCUCAAAGUCUAUUUAGUCUGUUAUGACCGUAUGUAGUGUUAUUGUGAUCAUAUGAAAUAGUAGUGUUUGUAUGGAAAAACUCGUAUAUUUUCAUUUAAUGCAGCGUAAUGAGACCCAGACACACAUUUAAUAAAAUACCGUCUUUUUGUUGUA